AUGACAACAAGAGAAAACCAACAAUUACAAAAAACCACCGUCCCCUCUUUGCCUUCCCGGCGGUCUUGGUUCUUUUUAGAUUUGCGAGAUUUAGUAAUCGGCAGGGCGGCUAACCGAGUUGCCACAGUUCUCCGCGGAAAAAAUCGAGUAGAUUUUUUUCCUAAUCUAGACUUAGGAAAUUACGUGGUCUUAAUUAAUGCUCAACACCUAACUUUUACUGGUCGCAAGUUAGACAAUAAAUAUUACUAUAAUCAUUCUGGAUACCCCGGGGGGUUACGCAAAAGAAAUGCCAAAAUAAUGCUUAAUAAUUUCCCCACGGAGUUAGUCAAAAGAGUAAUAAAAGGCAUGAUGCCCCAUACCAAACAGGCUCGACAACAAUUAAAAAGAUUAUUUAUUUAUCCGGGCGAUACUCACCCUCAUCAAGCCCAAGAAAAAAAUUUUAUUGCUAUAAAAAUCUAA